AUGGGAACCAUUGUAGCUAGUGCUGCCAGGGAGAAAAGUGUGGCCGCACGCCGCCAGCUGGCGUGGGCGCGGUUUGCCCCGAGGGAGGCGUGGCUCCUGCUCCGAGGCCACGCCCCCUCCCGCUCGCCGUCCGCUCCCGGCGUGCCUGGCGCCGCCAUGGCCGACCUGUUCGAUGGGAUCGUGAUGGCCGAGCAGAGGUUCCACGGGGAGGGCUUCCAGGAGGGGCUCGCCGAGGGCAGCCACGCCGGGAUGGCUGAGGGCAGGAGGUACGGAGCGCUCCAGGGAGCCAGGGUUGGCUCGGAGAUUGGCUGCUACCUUGGGUUUGCACUGACGUGGCACUGUCUGCUCCAGAAAUGCACAGAUGAAAAGACCAGCAAAAAAAGAAGGGCUCUGGAUUCAUUAAUAGGGAUGAUUCAGAAAUUCCCAUAUGGAGACCCCACUUACGAGAAGCUGCAAGAAGAUCUGGAAAAAAUCAGAGGAAAAUUUAAACAGGUUUGUUCGAUGUUAAAUAUUCAGUCUGAUUUUGGAGCUGAUACUGAGAGAUCUUCACUGACAUUUUGAACGCAACAGAUGAAGAUAAACGUGGAUGACAAAAGAAAAAACAACAUUAAAAGAACAAAACUGGAAAAGUGUUUAUCUACUUUUAUAUUAAAAGAAAAUGAAAAUAGUGAAGAGAUGUUAAAUGUUAAAAGGGAAAGGGAAAAUCACUGGACUUGCAAUGGUAUUGAGCAUUUAUUAUCUCUGCCAAGUUUUGUUUAGGAUAUUACACGCACUAGUGCGUAAAUCUGUUAAACAGAAAUACUUGUUUAAAUUCCUUGCUAGUCUUUUACUGAUAAUUCCUCCAAAGGAAAACAAGCAUUUGCACACUUUCCUCUUUUAAAGGAUGUUUGUUACCUAAAAAUCUGUGUAUGCAGAUCGUUCAGUUUACACAAUGUGUAGAUGCUGUGGGUGAAGGAAAAUAAAACCAAUUCCCUUCA